AUGUUUCAGACGAGAUUGUCGUCCCUGUUGAAAACCGCGGAGGAUUUGCAUAUCAAGGGGCUGGCCGAGGUGAGCUGGCGUAGCGAUUCCACGCAAAAUGAUCUAGGAAACAGCGGUCACAGUCCCGGCGCGGCGACUCCUGGUGUCGAGACGGUCCUCAGGGAAGGCGAUGCCGACGAGCCGCCACCGCCGAAGCAAAGACGCAGAGGGCGUCCACCUCUGGACGAUCCACCCUCGGCCCACGACGUUUUCACACCGAAGAUCACAUGUAUUACCGGAAAUGUACGUCAAGUAUCGCUGUCUCUCUCCCUUCUUGCCCUUUCGCAUGUCUCUUCAGAUAUUGUCCUCUUUUCAUACAUGUACACAACAUCUUCCCUUUCUCAUACAAUAAAUAUAUAAAUAUAGAAAGUCGUAAAAUUAGAAUUAUUAAAACUAACGUGAAAACACGUUAAAUAAUUUACAUCUAUUGAAUCUAUCAUAAAUGUUCAUCGAAUUAUAGUGUCCAUUUUCGGUUUUUACUCGAGGAGGACAGUAGGUCAAAACUAGAACUACCACUUAAAUGUGAAAUUUUUUAUCAGAGAAAUUAAAAAUAAAAGUCGUUGUUCUUGUACUUUUAUAAAAAUUGAAUUAUUGGAGUAAUUAUUAAUUACAAUUAAUUACACUUAGACAGCAUGA